AUGUAAUAUUAAAAAAAAAAUGAUGGAGCUUCUGGAGUUAAAAUCUAUUGCGGUUAGAAAAUAUUUAUAUUUCGAGGCAUUAUGACAAUUAUUGUUGCUAUUACUGUUUUUUUUAUUUUGACUUAAAUUAAGCUAUUUAAGCUGAAAAAGAGAGUUUAAGGACAGAGCUUUCGAUUGAAAUAAAAUAUUGUGGACAAGAAUAUGAAAGAAUAAAAUGUUCAAAGUACUGGUUUAAAAAUAGCUAUAAAUACCAAGAUUUAGAAAUUUGUAUCAAUUAAAAUAUAGAGAUGAAAAUUAAAACAGCACAGCUGAGGUCUAAAGUAAUUGGAAAGAUGCUUUCAUUUACAAGUUUAAUAUUCUUCGUAUUUAUAUAUAAAACAUUUGUAUGAUGAUUAGAAUUAAGUUUUUUAAUAUAUAUUCUUAAUUUUAAUAACAUAAUAUGUUUCGAGGCAACUUUAAUCGAUAAUCCCUUAAGCCAUAAGUUGUUACUUUUUAAUACGUUCUAGAUUAAAUCAAUGCUCUUGAUCAUAGGGCUCUCAGUGUAAUGAUUAAUAUCAAUGUAGCUAUUACAAAAAAUGGUUAAUCCAUCUUAAAUGAAUAUUUUUGCAACUGCUGCUCUUGUCUCUUUGUUUUCAGGGCUUAUUCGAGAGAUACCUUGCGAAUUAUUGGAUGAAAAAGUAAAUCAAUUUAUUAAUAUAGAAACUCAAUUGGAGUUUAUUAAACAUGUUUUUAAAUGAUGUUGAGAAAUUCUUAGAAAACUUAAGGAAAUUCAAAGACUUUAUUAAUAAAAAUUAGAUUACGUCUAAAAAUAUGCAAAUUGCUAAUUAUUGGAUUCAAAAAUAUAAUGAAAUAUAAUAAGAGUAAAAUAGUUUCAUUAACUUAGUAAUUAAUAUUCAGUAUCAUAUGCAUUCAUUUAAAUAACUUAAAUGGUCAUAAAACUUGACAAAUAAAUUAACUAGAGAUUGCCAUCAAGUCCAGCUAGGUCAUUGUCUGCAUCACCAAGUCCAAAGAUGAACGAUAAUGACGACAUCGAUGAGAUUGAUGAACUUAAAUCCUAAGCUGAAAGAAUGAGCGUCAAAGAUCCAGUCAAACCAAAAGGAUUGAAAUUAUAAUUAGUUCCAAAUAAACCUAUCUAAUCAACCGUUGGACAUAAACACACUUAAAGUUAAUAAAUUAAACAAAUCCAACCUAUUCACGCCCCAGUAAUACCAAAAAAGAAAUGACA